AAAUCGAACAGCAGAUCCACGCGACGCCGCUAUUGAAGUCAAUUGUCUCACCUCAUUUCUCCAGCUCCGUCCUUCUACUUUCAGUCGUCGAAAUAAAUCUUUUCCGCAGGUGCUUUUUGGAAUGAGUUCGUGACACUUUCAUUGCAUAUCCUUCGUGAGAGUUGACGUUGUUUAAGCUUUAUUCUGGGGGCUAAUUUCAUUUUGCCAUCCACCAUGGAGAUACAAAGUUGUGGCAAGCCAAUAGAUUCUCUGCUUGAGAAAGUCCUUUGCAUGAAUAUUUUGUCGUCUGAUUACUUCAAGGAGCUCUAUCGAUUGAAGACAUACCAUGAAGUUAUUGAUGAGAUUUACAAUCAAGUUGAUCACGUGGAGCCUUGGAUGACGGGAAACUGCCGUGGUCCCUCAACUGCAUUUUGUCUUCUCUACAAGUUCUUUACUAUGAAGCUUACCGUCAAACAAAUGCAUGGACUGUUGAAACACCCGGAUUCUCCUUAUAUAAGAGCUAUCGGAUUUCUCUAUUUGAGAUAUGUUGCUGAUCCAAAAAGUCUGUGGAACUGGUUUGAGCCAUAUAUCAAAGAUGACGAGGAAUUUUCUCCUGGAUCUAGUGGACGCAUGACGACAAUGGGUGUAUAUAUCCGUGACUUGCUCCUUGGACAGUACUACUUUGACACACUCUUUCCUCGCAUCCCUGUUCCUGUAAUGCGGCAGAUUGUGUCUAAUCUUGAGAAAUUGAAGCUCCCUACUACACAUUCUGGCUCAACUGGGGAAUGCACCCGCCAUGGUUCUGAUGAGACUGCCCGCAGACCUCCUUCUGUGAAGGCUGCCCUCUCAGUCUCUUUUGGUCAGCGGGCUCCACAUCGUGCCUCAACAAGGGAUUCAUCCCCCAUUCGCCGCACUUUACCUGGUCCACCUCAUGAGAGAAAUGGCAGUGAAGAACAAAGAUCUCCAAGCACUCGACAUAGUGGAAGCCAUGAAUAUUAUGAAAGGGAUCGUGAUAGGGAAAGGGAGCGUGACCGCUCUCGAUCUAGGGACAGAAACAGGGAUUAUGAAAGGGAUCGGGAUAGGGAAAGGGACCGUCAUCGCUCUAGAUCUAAGGACAGAAACAGGGAUUAUGAUCGUGACAGGGACCGGGACCGAGACAGAGAAAGGUAUCGAGACUGGGAUAGGGAUAGAGAUCGUGAGAGGGACAGAGACAGGAAGGAUAGGGGUAGAGAAAGGGAUAGGGAGAUAAGUUAUGAUUAUGAUAGGAGGUCUAAGUAUGCAGAGAGAGAAAGUAGCCGGGAUUAUGACUAUAGAAGGCAUGAUGGUAGCAGGCACUAUCGAAGCCAGAGCAGGAGCCGGAGCAGGAGCAGGAGUCGGAGUUUGCAAGCUGGUUCUGCUCGGUUGGAGUCACAUUCUAGUCCACAGAGGGACGGGAGUAAGGACAAGACAUCUGCUUCCAGUAAUCUAGCUAAACUAAAGGAUAUCUAUGGUGAUUUAAGUGAUAAUAAACGUGAUGUCAACAACGACAGAAUUCCUGGAAGGGAUAAUGGUGGUGAAGAGGUAAUUAGACUUGGCGGUUCCACCUGGAAGUACUGAAACAUUUCUUGGAACACCAAGUGCGUUAAAUGUUGGAUUACUUUUUACGAGAAAGUAUAUUGGACCUUUCCCUUUGUAGCUGCCUCUAUUUGUUGACUAGAGAUUUAGUCUGACUAACGCUAUCUAUGUCAUCAUAUUUAGCAUGAUGAGGGGAGAAUGUAAUACUAAAUUUAAUCAUAAUUUUCUUUCUGGUAUGUUUUGCAUGUUUUAAAUUGUA